AUGAAAAAAGGAUGGGAAGAAGAGAGAGGUCGGGGAGGGAAAGAGAGAGAGGAAAGAGACAACUGGCGGGACGAACGGACCAGUGCAGAGGGAGAUGCAGGAAAGGCUAGGAGAGGAUUUAGUGAUGCGUUUGUGCGGUACGGACCUCAUCACGACACCACCCCUCCUACAGGACCGACUAAGGCCGUCUUGAAUAAGGUGAAAGCCGACUUGGAGGCUGGUCCAAAAGAGAGUGUCACCGAGAACGAGAUGGCUGCUGCUGACGCCCUCCUGAAGCAGGAGAUGCAAGUGGUGAAGGUGGGUAUGGGGCACAAGGAGCUGACUGGGGCAGAGUACAGUUCCAUAUGGGAGGAGUGCUAUAGGGAGGUGGUGUACGUACCUUCACAGAGCCGCUACACCAGGGCUUCCCUCUCCAGGUAUUGAACCAUGUGAUAGAAAUGCGUUCUAUUUCAUGCAACUUUGAGUUACUAUGCAUUGAGUAGCCAGCGUUGAAUAUACCAACAACGUAUUUCGUGACUCAAAACUUGUCUUGAAUGA